AUGGCCAGACAAGUAUUACCUUUUUUUGUUCUAGGUACCGCUAAAAAGUCAACCGUGACCAUUUGCGAUCAUAACGCCAUGCCUGAUGACAUUUAUACUGUUCCUGCUAAUACGCUCACAUACGAUCAUAUCAAGAAAAUGAUAUGGAGUACAAUCAAGAGUAAAGAAAGUGCCGGUAAAGCUUGUGAACUGGAAUUAUAUCAUGUUAAGAUUCCGUGCAAUGAAAAAAACUCGAAGUUGUGUGAACUUAAUGAAAAGUAUCGUAAUCAAACUGACAUUACAAAUGAACUUGGCGAGGAAUUGGACCCAACUGAUUAUUUUAAAGGAGAAGAUUGGAUCUCUGAACCUUCGUCCAUCCAUUUUAUCAUCGUGGAACCACCACCGCCCGCCACCACUGGAGGUCUUGGAGGAACAAAGAUGAAAAAAAGGGAAGAUGGUUUGGGCUACGAAGGUCUUGAUCUUACUCACAUUGAUAAUAUAUGUCAGAGAAAGUCAACCAUUAAGAGACUGCUUUAUGAUCUAUUUAAGAAACGUAUUAUUCUAGUUCGAUCGCCACCAAUGGCUGGCAAAACUUCACUUGCACAACUAUUGGAGUAUAACAUUCUUCAAUCUGACGAAGCGAAGAAAGGAUUUAGAUGUGUAUUUCGUAUUUCUUUAAUGUGGAUGGUAAAGCGUGGAAUGGAAUGGACAUUUACAGAGGGGUUUAAAGCGCUUAUGGGCAUGGAAUGGGGUGAAUUUAUACAGCUAUGUAGAGAUAGCGAUACUGAUGUAGUUUUGAUAGUUGAUGAGGUGCAGUUAAUUUAUAAGCCACAGAAUGAAAGUGAACCUCGUAAUGGUGGAAACAUUUUUUGGGAAACAUUUAAAGAAGUGAAUCAAUACUUGUCAAAUUUGCACAUAGUAGCAUUUGCUUCUUAUGGACAUUACGGCGCCUACACUGUUCAUGGAGAUCAUUCAAUUAUGGAUAUUUCGCCACCAUCUAUUCUUCAUAAAGACAAUACAUGGGGAUUUGCAGAUGUUCGCUUCACCGAAGAAGAGUUUAGUGAUUACUUUAAUAAAUUCUGUGAAAUGCAUCUUCAAAUGUUGAAAAAAGAUGACAUUCCGUUUCUUCAUAAUUAUGUACGUGAAAUAACGGCUUUUCAUCCUGGAUUAGUUGCUUUCACUAUGGACGAAAUUAUCAGAAGAUUUGUCAAACGGCCUCAUAAACUGGAAUUUGGUGAUAUUUUUGCAUAUCUCAAAUCAUAUAAUUUUUAUUCUCAUCUUAAGGGUAUUCGUGCUACUCCGCAAGUUAAUGAUAUGUCAAGCGAAGAGAUGAUGAUUAUUGAUAAAGUGCUUUUUAAAAAAGGUCUUAAAAUUCAGACCAACAGGAUUCCAUGCAAUGGUCGAAUUAUUAAGACAAAUGUUCUUGUUGAUAUUGGAGGAAAAAUAGGUCGUUCAGUUCUUGAUUUUCCUGCACCAUUGCUUAGAGCUACAUACCUUCAAGAUCGUUUUGGUUAUGUGGUACGAUCUGAAUCGCCACCUAAAACAUUCAAAGAUUUUAUCAAAUCGGUAUUCACAAAUAUGAACCCAAAAAUAUUGCAGAAUAGCAAGGGUAAAGGCAAAGAUGGUCGACUUUUUGAGCGUGUGUGGCAAAUGGAGUUCUACCGUGCUUCAUUGCAAGUUCUUCCCGAAGACAUCUAUCCUUCUGUAGAUGUUGGAAAAGUGUUUGGAUCAAAGGGAUAUGUGGAUUUUUACGUAAAUGAUAAGCGUCACUGGGCUAUUGAGCUAUUGAGAGACGGAGUAAAGUUAAAUGAACAUCAACAAAGAUUUCAAAGAGGUGGCAUAUAUGUUCCUAUCCUUAAACACACAAAACAGUGGGCGAUCAUCGAUAUUCGAAAUAGUAAGAUGGAAGCUCCAGAGUCAGAGAAACGUAAAAGAAAUGAUAUUUAUGUUAUUUGUGGCGAAAAUUUUGAAUCUGUUCAGCUAAUAUAUCCUAAUGGAAAUAAAGAGGAUAUUCGAUUACUAGGCAAAGAAAAUUUGCUUGGGUAUGAUUUAUCAGAGUUUUUAGAUUAUCAAGAUGAUCAAGUGGACAAAAUGGAAAUUGACUCCUAA